AUGAAUGACGAGGCGGCAGAUAUUGGCGGUAGGCCACCGGAGCAUACCGAAGAGCGAACAGUAAUCAUAUAUCGAGCUGCACGUGAAUCAACCCAGGCGGCAUGGAAUAACACUAAAACUUGGCAUAUCGAGGUGGAUAAUCGUCAACGUUGGGAGAAUCCAUUAAUAGGAUGGGCCAGCAGUGGAGAUCCAUUGUCGAAUAUAUCGAUGUCGCUAAAAUUCGCCAGCAAAGAGGAUGCAAUCGAUUUUUGUAAGAAAAAUCGAUGGAACUAUGAGGUUGAGAAAGAGCACAAUCGCGUGAUUUCUCCGAAAAGCUAUGAAAAAAAUCCGGUAUCUCAGGGACGUACUGAAGAAGCGGCGAAGUAUCAGCAGCUACUACAUCGAAAUCUAAUUCACCUUGCUCAAGCAGCAGAUCAGUCUUUGCUAGCACAACUUAGG